CGGGGAGCCUGGAGUCGGUCACAUGGACGCUGUUAGGUUGCGCGUCUCCUGAGUGGCGGCUGUGGCAAGCAGAUUCUGAACACCCAGCCUAGUAAAAAGAAAACUAAAAAAGUUGACUUGCAGAACCUUUUAACUUCUCCUCCACCUUGGAGGCAAGUGAAAAGCCAAUGGAACGAACAAGAAAAAGACUUAAAGGGAAAUCUUUACGAGCAUCAAAUAAGCUGAAGAAGUCAAAACCUAGGGAUGGAAGCUGUAGUAGUGCAACCUUAGAAGAUCAGUCAACAAAAUUUAGGGAAGAUGAUAAUCCUAUAGAAGAGAAGGCCAAAACAGAUUUAUUGACUAAACGGAGGGGUAGACCAAAAAAGGCUGGAUUAAAGAAGUCUGUAAAAGAAGAGAAAGUUGGCCAUGAAGAAUCAAAAAUUACCAAACGAGCACCAAAUCGGCUGUCAAAGUUGUAUACUUGUGCGUGUGGUAAACGCUACACCAGCGCCUUUGCUCUCCGUAGACACCAGAAAACUAAUGUAGGAUGUGACGUAGAUAGUGGUCAGCAUUUUGUAGGAUCUGAAAAGCCUUUUCAAUGCAUGUGUGGGAAGACGUUUUCCAUCAGUUCUACUCUGAACAGACAUCUAAAGACAUGCCAAGUUGGAUACUCAACACAUUCCAAUGCCAGAGAAAACCUAUAUAAGCCCUAUGUCUGUGCUUGUGGGAAACGAUACACAGGCAGCUCUCAACUCUACAGACAUCAGAGAAUUCACUCACAUAAAAGUAAGAAAAGGGCUGAAAAGAAUUAUAUCUGUGACUGUGGGAAGAAGUUCACAGUUAGGGCACAUCUGUUACGGCAUCAGGAGACACACACCCUAGAGAUUGUCCAAAUCCAACUCGAAGGUGACCCUGAAGAAGUUAACGAGAUGGAAUCUCCAGGGAGGAUUAAACCAUACGUUUGUCAGUGUGGAAAAAGCUACACUUGUAGUUCUCAUCUCUACCGGCAUCAAAGGACCCACCAUAACAAGGACUUCAGUUCAAGCUCAAGGUAUUGGACUACAGGAAUGGAGAAACCUUAUAAAUGUGAGUGUGGUAGAAGCUACACUUCUUCCUCACACCUCUACCGACACCAGAAAACUCACGAGAUGAUGGAGUUUAUUGUAGAUGACCCGGACUGUGAUAGCGACGUCCACAAUGAGGACUUUGAAGAGAAGCCUUACCAGUGCGAAUGCGGCAAAAGUUUCAUAUUAUGGUUUUCUCUUAUGGUGCAUAAAAGGAUUCAUUGUAAAGCGAAUCUUCAGACCUCCUCUGGGCAGGAGGACAGUCCUUGAUUCUCCACUCCUCAUCCACCAGGCGAUUAGAACUGAAGAGCCAAGGGCCAAGGUCUAUUCAGAUGACUAGCUGGCCAAUAUUCAUAUAUAUAUAUAUAUACAUUUUUUUUUAUAUCAAAAUGACAGACGUAUCACUUACAUUAAACAAUUUCUCAAUAUAUCUCCCGGCCAAUUCAAAAACAACAACGUAAUCCCCCUGGUGGAGCAAAGAAAAAAAUAAUAAAAUAAAACAUUCCCCUGCAACCAUACAGUCUACCAUGAAGACCAUAUUUUGGACCAUACUUCCAACUUAUUUUUGGGAGGUGUAUCUGAUCUUUUCAUAUACCUUCACUUUAUUAACCAAGCUGACCCAGUUAGUGAUGCCAGGAGCGGCCCUGGCCAUCCACCCACGUGCUAUGUUCUGAUCUUCUGACGUCUGAUACUUGUGAAGAUUGUAUAUUAAGGUCCCGGCCACAAUAGGGGUCAAAUAUUUUGAUAAGAACUAUACAUCUUUGCAAUGAUCUAAGACGGGACCAUAAUGUUGACUGGGCAGGUUUUAUUCUAAUUGUUUUGUUUUUUUCUCGCCUUCGGGUAAAGAAAUGCCCCACUUAGGGCAGUAUGAUUUACCAGAGGGGGGGGGGGGGGGGGGGCACGGCCACGUCUUAUGAACUAGCUAAAAGAGCAGCUAUAAAGAGCGUCUGUGGCUCUGGAGGACUCAGCAUGCCCAUCAUUCCACUGAUUUCAAUGCGAAGUGUGUAAUUCUUCAUUUCUCCUGUGGUGGCGCAGCAGCAAACUGAACUCCCCUCAUGCAGAUUACAGCUGGCCGCUGGACGUCCCGGCAGCGUUGCACCAUGUGAUCAGCUUAUCGGAGGACUCGUCUUAUAAAAAGGGACUGUUUAAAGCGGACGGUAACUGCAAAUUACAAAGCAGAAUCGUUUUUUCACCUUUUUUUAAUUAAUUUUUUUAAUUUUUAAUCACAUGAAAAACAAAAUAUGUUCGCUUGGGUGACAGUUUACGAGGGCGAGUCAAGAAUUAUUUACACUCCGGCUGUAGAAUUUAUUUUAACCCCUUGGCGCCCACUGUACAUGUAAGGUGGAAGUUGGCACUUUAAAGACGGUGCCCAGUCGCGGGCGCCAUAGCGACUGAGUUUUUUUCUUUAGGGCGAAUGUAUGUGAUUAGCCAUAAGGCCAAAUGUGGCCACGGCAUCUGAGCUGCGAGCACCCGUGCCCCUAACAACGUUCCUCGGCUGAGAUCGGGGAAGCUGGUAUGUACCAAUAAUGGCUUGCAGCCUCAAGCAGGCUCUGAUACCGAUCAUAUUCCGAUGCUGGCCUGCAGGUGGCAGCACUGCAUGGGAAUACACUGAAUGGUGUGUUCUGUGAUGAUGUAUACCAUCUGAUGAUUGCUGGUUAUAGUCACCUGGGGUGACUUAAAAAAAGUAAAAAAAAAACUAUUUAUGUAUAAAAAAUAUAAAAGUUCAAAUCGCCCUCCUUCCUCCAAAAUAAACAAUAAUAAUUAAAAAAAAAGGCAGGCAUUGCCGCACCUGAAAAUGCCCGUAUUAUUAAAAGAUAAUAUUUAUUGCAAAUGGGGUAACCGAAAAAAAAAUCAAAGUGGUCAAUUUGCCAUUUUGUUGUCACUCCCCCCAACCCCCCCCCCUUUUUUUUUAAAAAAAAGAUCAAAAAGCCCCGCCAAAAGUGAGCCCUCACACAGCUCCAUAGGCGUCACUGUAAAAGGUUAUAGGAGUCAGAAUAUUGCGAUGAAAAGAAAAAAACAUUUUUUUUUUCCUUCAAGGUUUUUAUUUCUUUUCAAUAUUAAAACGCAAGAAAAUGAUACAAAUGUGGUAGCACCGUAAUCGUACUGACCCGGAGAAAAAAGUAACAGGUAAUUUUUACUGCAUAGAGAACGCCGUAUAAACGUACAACUGGCGGAAUAAAAAAAAAAAAAUCAAAUUCCACCUCAUUUGGAUUUUUUUUUUGUUCUGUUCCCCCCUGCUACAUCCCCACUAGGCAGUAUUAAAUGGUGGAAUUAAAAGCACAACUUGUUCCGUAAAAAAACAAGCCCUCAUACGGCAAAAAAUAAAAGAAAGUUAUGGCUCUGGGACAAGGAAGAGGGGAAAAAAAAUGCAAAAAUUGAAAAUCUCAGCGUCCUCUGAGAGUUAUUCAACUUUUAGAAGAGACAAACGCCUCAUUAUUUGACAUCCUCUCCCCAGUCACGGCUGCGCCAGUUCAUGUGUGACUGGGGUGAGAGCCACGAUGGCCGCCCCGCCUCUGAUUUGUACCAGCAGCGUGCAGUGAUCAGUUCCUUGUGGUCUGGUGUCGCUAUUUAUCGAGGACUUAGCGCACACUGCGGGGAAAAGGGUCGCGAACAAGUGCGCGUGAUGGGAUAGAGAAGUUCAAGGCACAAGUCAAGGAGCCAGACACCCGUCCACGACUGAUGACCACAUGGAGCGGGCACGUGUACUGAUCCUGCUGGAUCAAAGAAAAGCAGGGAGACUGUAGAGAAAUGAUGGAUUUGUCUUUUCUGAAAGUCGAUUCCAGUACAGAGUGCGGAUAGUUUUUGACUCGCCCUCGGUUUAGCAAAUGGCACAAGGUCCUGAGUGCACAUGGUGGUGGCUUGUUAUAGAGGUUUGGAUUUUUUUUUCGGCGUCCAGUGGAGGACGGUACAUUUUUGUUUUUCUAGGACUUUACCGCUGAAAACCUUUUAUAUGCCCCUAUUAGGGCUCUUACACACGAGCGUGGAAUCCGCUGCGUGAAAGAGAGCCAUGCCCCGCUCUGCACAGCAGACACACGGAGCACUAACGUGGUAACGCUCCGCGCCUCUCUGUGAUCUUUUUACUACAAAAUCACGGUGACAACUUUAUCUCACUGUGAUCUUGUAGUAAAAAGAUCAGUCAUGUCAAUGCUCCGUGUCUCUGCUGUCCGGAGCGGGGCUUGACUCUCUUUCACGCAGUGGAUUCCACGCACAGGAUCCGCUCGUGUGAAAGAGCCCUUAGAGCCAUACAAAGGUACAGUAGGACCCGUAGUCCUCUACAGGUCAAGAGGUUGCACCAAGCUUGUAGUGUGCAUGAGGCCUAACGUGAAGAUCGAACGCGGUGACAACCUGUCAGUACCGAGGUUUGAAAUCGAUAGCCUGUCCUAAGCAGGUGGUCAAUAUCCGAUCACCGGGAGUCCGACUCUCGGGGCCUAUUAUUGGGACAGCAGCUUUCUGCAAAGUGUCAUAUCUCAGUGUUUAUUAGGCACGGCGCCAUACAUUUGGUAUUGUCUGAUAUUGGAGCUCAGUCCCAUCCACUGGUAAUAGGACUGAGCUGCAAUACCGGGCUCAGCCACUAAUGACUGUACGGCGCUGUGCCUGGUACACUCUUGCCUAUUCCGUCAGCUGAUUGAUUGGUUGGGGUUAUCGGGAGUCUGACCCCUGCUGAUCCUAUAGUCAUGGCCUGUCUUAAAAGGGGUUUUCCAGAAUUUUGUCCCUUUUUUUUUUUAAUUAGCCCCUGUAGCAGCUAAUCGCCUGCUCCAUGCCACUCCAUUCUGGUGAUCAUUUCAGUGGUGACAUGUCCCCAAGAGCAGAGACGUUCUGUCACCACCAAAGCCAGCGAUUGGCUGCAGCGGCGCACAUGACCCCGUCCGGAAGGUCACUGAAUGGAGCCAGGAAUCGGGUGAUUCUUUCAUUAGGGACCAUGCGCUGCAGAGGCUAAUUAAAAAGGGUCAGAAUCCUGAAAAAAACCUUUUAGGGCUGAAUUCACACGGUCCGUGAGAUACCGGACUGGCAUCCUGCUUAUUGCAGAAGCGCACGGCGUCAUAGCAACUAAUGACUACGCCAGUCCGGUAUCUCACCGACCGUGUGAUUGAAGCCUAAGUCUUGGAGAACCCCUUUAAGGAAGCUGUUGCCAGCGGAGGAGCCGGUCUGCGGACAUUUAUAUUUCAUUGUACGUUGUAUCCCUGUACAAAUAAAUCUCGCUAAAAUCCCGUCCGACGACUAAUGCUUUCUUUAUCUACCUAAUGCAGCAAGAGUCUGUUAAUCUGUCGCCCCUAGAUGUUCUGCUAAUCUGGCAACUGAUAGAUAUAGCCCCAUGCCGGAGUAGCAGGUGAACUACGUG